CAGGAGAUACUCGAGGAGUCGCAGCCGCAGCGUGUCGCCUCGGUUCCGUCACCGCAGAAUUACAAGUCGCCUCCCCGUGGAAAAAACAGAAAUUAUGGGCCGAGCCAGAGCCGGAGCAGGAGUCCCAGAAGACGGAUGGUACGGAGUCGCAGCAGAAGUCCCAGGAGGAGAUUCAGCAGGAGUCCCAGGCGGUACAGCAGAAGUCGGACAAAGAGUCCCAGGAGGAGAAACAGCCGUAGCUUCAGCAGAGGCAGGAGCAGGAGUCCCAGACACCAAAGCAGAAGUCCCCCCUUUGAACGGACAGGUCCCCAAGAAUUCCAGCAAGAGAAGAGCCAGUUCCAGUCCCAGAGCAGUGGGUUCGAGGAAGUCAGCCAAGAUUUUAUUCAAAGUUCAUGCGGUUUUGGAAACACAGAAGAAAUAGAAGAGGUCAGCUCACCUCCAGAAGUGGAGAGCGUCAGUCUAGAUGAAUGCAUUGCCGGACCGACCAAGGUGGUAGUGACUUUGGAUGACGUUGAGGAUGGCCAGAUUCUCACGCCAGAGGAGAACCAUCCUGAGUGCGUCUUUCUCGAUGCUGCAGAAGAGCCUAAGAAGGACGUGGAAAGUGGCGACGAACAGAUAUGCCCGACAGACGAGGAGGUAGAAGUCCUAUUGCAUUCCGCUGCACUGAAAGACACUUCAUCCCACUUACCCAACAAGAGCACACGCCAGCCUCGCAGAGAGCCGAGCAUAACAGAACUGACAGACCGCAUUGCAAACGACUUCAUGAGGCCGGAAACUCAGGCCCUCUUGCAGAACAUUUUAAAGCUGACUUCAGACGACGUGUCUUCAAUAGCAUCCCGAGAUGGUCCGCCUUCCCCAGACCCUCUCAUCGCAGAGAAGAUCUUGGAUGAAGUGGAUCUUGAGGAAGUAGGGGAAGAAGUGGACGAUUAUUUUGGGAGCGUUGCGAAAGAGCUGCAUCUGGAAGAGAGUGUCAAAGUGGCCACUAAUCCUUCACCACCAAAAGCACCAGAUAAAUUAUCCUCACUUUCAAAGUGUCAGCCCACAAGUAGGACACCUGCGGAUUAUCAUACAGACUGGGAGCUCAAAAUGGCGCUCGAAAACCCGGAGAAACCAUUGGAGAAGGCUUCAGACAUCCCCUUUAGGCCUCCUCCCAUUGAAAAGAAUCGUGGAAAGAAGUCGAAUAGUGCUCUGUGGACUCCAGCUUUAGAUCGCCGUCAAGUGGUCGAGGCUAAGCUGAAGAUGAUGUACCAGGCUGGAAAAAGCAACUGGGAGGUGGAGACACCGUAUAUAGAGAGUCCUGGGCACUUGCGUCACCAGUUGCGCCAUUGUGUUGAUGAUGGAACGACCAUUUCAUCGACGCUUAACGCAAUGACGUUGAUGCAAAUACAUUGUCGCAAAUAAAAUUUUAUGUCAUUUUCCCCUUAAAGCCAAGUUUUCUCUGUAAUUAGCCCAUUACACAUCUAGUCAUCUUGCUUUAGUACCAAUUUAAUUUUGUUUUGUUUUCUUGAUUUGUUUUUUUAUUGGACUCCUCAUUUUCUAGUAAAAACUAGAGAGAGAGAGAGAGAGUAUAAUAAAAUAAAAAUAGAUGAGGCUGAGUUUUACUUUUAUGUAAUUGAAUAAUCCAAAUAAUAUUAAAAA